CUGGUGACCGCCCCUGUCGAAUGUUCUUUGUUUACAGAUGGCGCUGAUUUUCAAUUUCAACACGAAGUAGUAUGGCGGAUAUGGUUGUUCACGCCAGGGGUUUAUAUGACUUUGCUGGUGAUGUUGAUAAUGGUGAGCUGACAUUCGCAGCUGGGGAAACCCUCACAAUCGUAGCACAGGACAUAGGAGAAGGUUGGUGGGAAGCCAAAAAUGAAACGGGUGAGCAGGGACUUAUCCCGGAGGCCUAUGUACAGCUGUUGGAGCCACCAGAACCAUCUUUCCCUCCACCCCCACCCCCAUCAGCACCCAGUAAUGAUCACUGGGACCACCAGCAAGGAGGGGGUAAUGACUGGAAUACUCCACAUGUAGGGGGAGGUGAUUGGAACAGCCACACCACGGACAGCUGGGAUCAAGAACCCCCUGUGGCCCCGGACUACACAAACCACAACAAUCAGGGGUACCACGGGGGAGGGGUGCCUCAUCAAGCGAGUGAGGAAACCUGGGACGAUGAUUGGGAUGACGAUAACGAUGAUUCAUCAGGGACAACUAACACAAGCCAGGACCAGCUUCCUGGGUCAGGUAAUUUCGGUUUAUCUGCUCCAAAAAGGGAGAAAAAACAACUGUCCCCAAAUUCUGAUGUGUCCAGGUAUGGCACAGUCAAGAAGAGCUUCAACAGAUUUUCAACCUUUGCCAAAACUGGUGGUGAUGCCUUUUUGAUGGGAACAGUUUCAGCCAAUGUAUCAGAGAGUGACCUUAUCAAAAUUAUAGAGACAGCAGAUGGCCCCGCCUGGAAUUAUCCCUCCCAGCCCUACACCUGCUCCAUUAAGUCCCCCAAAAAAGAGAGCAAGUUAAAAGGACUGAAGAGCUAUAUAGCCUACCAACUCACACCUUCUUUUAGCAACAUUCAGGUCAGUCGGAGGUACAAACACUUUGACUGGUUACACGAACGUCUAGAGGCAAAGUUCACAUGUAUUCCUAUCCCACCAUUACCAGAUAAGGCAAUAUCAGGUCGCUAUGAGGAUGACUUUGUGUCGGAGAGGAUGAAGUUACUACAGCUAUGGGUAGAUAGGAUGGUCAGACACCCGGUCAUUUCCCAGUCCGAGGUCUUCAAUCACUUCCUCACCUGUACCGACGAAAAGAAAUGGAAGGCUGGGAAACGGAAGGCAGAGAAAGAUGAAUAUCAGGGAGGGAAGUUUUUCCUGACCCUACAAACGCCACCCUCCUCUCUUGAUAUGAGGGACGUGGAGAAAAGAAUGGAAGUCUUUUGUAAAUUUGUGAAAAAUAUGGAUGAUAAUGUACGCAACAUGUUACAGAUAGGGCACGACAGUAGAAAGAAACACCUAGGCCCAUACAAGAGAGAAUUCCAGAAGAUUGGUGGUUCAUUUAAACAGAUGGCUGAAACAUUUAAUUUGGAUGAAUCAGGGCAUUCACGAAAUUUAACAGCAGCCAUCGAUUAUACUGGAGAUACAUACAAUGAAAUCGGAAAUAUGUAUGAAAAACAGCCAAAGGAGGACUUGGACCCCAUGCUUGAUGUUUUAUUUGAGUACAAGGGAAUGCUGUCCACCUACCCAGAUGUUCUGAAGCUACACGAGGGAGCCAUUGGUAAAGCCAAGGAGUGUGAGAGAUUAAAGGAAGAGGGGAGGAUGCCAGAGUCUGACGUAACCGCAGUGAUACAGCGAGCUGAUGUCAUAUCCUUCGGGACUCUAGCAGAAAUGAACCAUUUCCAGCGAGAAAGAGUUGUAGACUACAAAGACAUGAUGACGAAAUUCUUAACAGGACAAAUAAAGUUUUAUAGAGAGAUUACCCAAAAGUUAGAAUCAGCUCUCCAAAAAUUUGACAAUGCAUAGCAGAUAAUGUUCACAUAGUGCUUAUAUAAAGAUAAUGACCUAGAAAACAAAGUCACACUGCUGACUGCAGCAGCAUGAAACUCUCCGCUGAUACAGAGUCGCUUGUGCAAUCAACAAACCAAGGCAUCUUACAGAAUUACCUCUGCCAGAUAGUGGGCGUUUGUGUGGAUUGAUAGAAGACAUCAUACAGUCAUACAUUCCAGUAAUUUAUGUCUUAAAAUGUAGUUUAGCAAAAAAUAAUUCUCAGACACAAAUGAUUUUAGUCUAAGACAAACCUUUAUAUUUCUUAUAAUCUUUUCUUUAUUUGAAGAACGUCAUUUAUCAAAAUAUUAUUUAUUGUGUACUCUGAGAGCAUGUCCACAAGAGGGAGACAUACCUUGUUCAUGUACAAGUAUUUUAUUCAAAAGUGCUUUUACUAAAUGAUAAAAAUGGGCUCUUGAGUUUAGAAGAGCUGAAAAUACUAUAUACAUAUAAUUUCAAGACAUGAAAAUACAGAAUUUGAAUUUUCUGUGUGUGUGAAAAAGGUAAAAUUCUAUGCAAACAUAUUUUAAAUUUGUAUUCUUUUAGGAACUAUUACUACAUUAUUGAUAAUUAUGUGAAUACUAGAUUUGCUUUAAAAAAGAAGAUUGAUUUUCUUCAUAGUCUGUCAAACGUUUCAUUUGGCUUUAUUUACUAAUGCAACAUGGAAAGGCAUAUUUAUCCAUGCAGCUAUCAAUAAAUAUUUAUUAUUAAUAAAAAUCUAAUGAUAUAUGAAUAUCAAAUUGAAUGUAGUAUUUGUUGGAAGUGCUUGUGUUGAAAUGCCUUAGGUAGGAUGAACAAUAUUGUCAUUGAAAUAUUGCUUUGAUCAUUAUUCAAAGUCUAAAAGAUGCUUUUCUUUCUCCUAGUCAUUAAACUCACUGUCAUCUGAAUACUGUAGCGUUCUUCGUAAAGCUGUCAAUGCUAUUUUGUCACUUGAAUUAUUACAAUGUACAUGUAUAUGUAAAUAAACUUUUGAUAAUUAUUUACAUACGUACCUGUCAUUUAAGGUUUUACCAUGUCAUACUAUAAUCAGUGUGUAUAAAUGUCCUUCAUCUGCUUCAUUUAUUAUAUUAAUUAACAUGUUAAUUAUAGCCUUAUGUAUUCAUAUUGUACACACAUAUAGGCAUUAUUGUUACAAUUCAAUAAAGAAUGUUGAGUGUAUUUGCAAAGUUUGUGAUUAGCAUAUUUGAUUUUGUAUGAAGUGUAAAAGCUGUUAUUUAGUUAAUUAGACACAAAGUUAGAUAUAUAUAUAUGUUAUUAAAAAGCUGAGAAAAUAACCAAAACCAAAAUGAACAGUGCUAGCUCAAAUGUGGUUACUCAUUUUAGAUUUGAGUGUUGACUCAUUGAUAAUUUUUUUUUUCAAGGUUUAACUCUUUACUUGAAUUUUAAAAUUGCAUCCUUCCAAAUAAGUUCAAAUUUGAUCCCAAAUAGGAGAUCCCUAUCUCAAAUCUCAGGGUAAUUUUGUCUAAAGCUGUAUUUUUUACCAGAUUCAAACCCUUGUUUAUAUUGCUUGUAUGUUUCUAAGAAAGCUUUCAAAAUGACUCACAAAGAAUAUUGCCCUUUGUAAAGCCAGUUUCAUAUAAAUGGUAGGACCUGUCAUUUCAAAAGUGAAACACUGAAGUUUCAUUCAUGAAAGGUUAUUGUCAUAUAGUCAAAAGAUUUUUGUUGACUUUGUUUUACGGUUGUUUGUGAUAGAAAUAUUAUUGGAUAUAAUCUUCUUGUGAUAAAUUGUUCAUUGUUUACACUAUUUACAUUUUUCAUCUUUGUUUAAAUCAGUUUACAAAUGUAUUGAGAUACUGUCCCUUUAGAGUGUUAAGAUCUACAGUGUAUCAGUAUUGGCAUAGACUUUUUUUGUGCAAUUUACAGUUUCAGUAAUUUUAAGAAAAAUUCAGUCAACAAUAUUUAAUAAUUUGAAAAUUCCAUAGAUACAUUGUACAUCUAGAUUAACCAUGAUAGGUAAAAAUAGAAUGCAUGUUCUCUUUCAUGUGUUAAGAAAAUAUACAGGGAAUGACUUGUCAUGUUGUACGCUAUGAGUUUUGUCAGUUUACCAGUAACCAUUGUUAAAUGUGGCUGAGAGAGGGAUGACCUAUUGUAUGUGCCUAUAAACAAUCCUCUCUGAGAAUUUUAAAAAAAUUUCAUACUAAUUGCGGGAAUCGGCAUUUUCAUCAUAGAAUUUAAUCUUUGUCACAUUUACAAAACUUAAUUAAUGAAUAUAAUCAUAAUAUAGUUAGGUGACAUGAUUUGUGCAAUAUUGUAAUAAAAUAGUGAACAAACAUAAUAUUAUAUCUGUAUAAUGUAUUGGAUAUUACACAACUCUUAAUAGUGUAUUCACUUCAGCUGGUUUCUAUGUGUAGAAAUAUAAUGAUUUUUUUUUCCAUUUUCACAAAAGAUGUAGCCCAACUUUACCAAGCUCUUUUGCAUUCAUUUGCUGACUUUGUUAUUUAUUUAAAUAAAUAUCAAAAUAUUGUAGAAA